UCAGUAAAAUUGGCGCGUAUUUAUGAUAUAGAAUUUCUGUUUGCCGCCAUUUUACUUGACCAAUUCUAAUUAGGGUUUCUCUUUCCAUCUUCUUCUCUCUUACUUGAAAUGAAUUCAAGAGAUUUGGUCCUAGCUUCGACAGCUACAAUUUUUGGAGCUGUAAUAUCCACAAUCGCGUUUCAUUUCAUGUCAUCAUCAUCAAAAGCUAAAAGGAAUAAACGGUCUCCAGUCGAACUACUAGAACAAAACGGUCUUCAUAAGUCUUCAUCUCAGAGCCCUUUCGAUCCUUCCAAACGCAAAGGGUAUCUAUCAUGGGAUGAUUAUUUUAUGGCAUUGGCUUUCUUAUCGGCAAAGCGAUCUAAGGAUCCCAACAGACAGGUUGGAGCAUGCUUAGUCAGCCAUGACGGAAUAAUACUUGGCAUUGGCUAUAAUGGAUUUCCAAGAGGUUGUGCAGACGAGAAGCUCCCAUGGGCAAAGAAAUCAGUGACUGGUGAUGCAUUGGAGACAAAAUAUCCUUAUGUCUGCCAUGCUGAAGUUAACGCUAUUUUGAACACAAAUCAUGCAUCUGCGGCGGGACAGAAACUCUAUGUGACGAUGUAUCCCUGCAAUGAGUGUGCCAAAGUUAUAAUCCAGUCUGGUGUCUCAGAAGUAAUCUAUUUUGUGGAGAAGAGGUUCAGUAACGACAUAGUUUAUACUGCUUCGCAGAAACUAUUAAAUAUGGCUGGUGUUAAGAUCAGGAGACAUCAACCACAAAUGUCCCAAAUUUUACUCAAGUUUAAUGAAGAACUUUGAUUUUCCGCUUACUUUUCGUUUCCCAAGGUGUCUUGUUUGAUGAGAUUGGGAAGGUCAAACAGAUUGCACAAUUUGAAUCUGUUGUAAAACAUUAAUUGGUCGACCGAAGGGACACCUCUAUAUAGUCACUUCAGUUUAAUUUGUCGGUCACAACAAAUGUACAAAAAAAUCAAAAUCAGUAUUUUGGUUCUUCAAAUUUUAUGAAAUUGAUGAUAUUCUUGAGACAAUCAAGCAAAUUGAUUAGAAAUUUCCAUCAAGCACAAUCAA